AUGGACUUUCAUGGAAGCAGUUUAGAAGGAAGAACCAUUUUGAUUGUGGGCGCAGGUCAUUCGGGACUUUACCUUGCAGCUCAUCUGCAAGAACUUGGUCUCAAAUAUCUCAUCGUGGAUAAGGCUUCUCAAGUUGGAGAUGCUUGGCGAACGAGAUAUGACACAAUCAACCUGCACACGCCGACUGAAACGGGCCACUAUCCGUUUUUGAAAUACCCGAGUGAUUCGGCCCGCUAUCUCGACAAGGAAGAUAUUCUGAAAUGGAUGGAGCACUAUCAGCAGACCCUGGGUCUCAAAGUCCGAUAUGAUACAUUUGCGAAGAAUAUUGAAUACAAUGAUUCCACGCAACAGUGGUCAGUCGAAUUGGAGAGCAAUGGCAGUGUGGAAAAAAUCAAUCCUAAGCAUGUCGUGCUAGCUACAGGAUCAUUUGCUGAUAUCCCAAUUCGCCCUGACUUCCCUGGUGAGGAGUUAUUCAAGGGCCAGAUCUACCACACUUUAGCCCACAAAUCAGCAGCCACUAUCCCGGAUCUGCAGAACAAAAAGGUCACUAUCAUCGGUGCUGGAACCUCCGCGCAUGACGUUGCCCAGGACUUCGUUAACCAUGGAGUUGGCGCUGUCACGAUGAUAUAA